AUGGACACGCGGUGGCAUGGGAAGCCCUGCGGAUGCCACCUGCACAAGCUCGCCAAGUUCACCCUCCACCGCGUCGCACAAGUUCCUCUAGCCAGCAGCACCAUCGUGUCGCCCAAAGUACAUCCCGAGCCCGCCGUCUCCUCUGCGCUCCCGUCUCCAGAGGUGGGGAAAACGAGCCUGGCUAUGGGACGCAGCCCAGAAGCGGGGAGUGCAAAGGCUGGCAGCAAUCCUGAGGAGGCACCCUGGCCUCCAAAUGCUCAGAUAACCCCCUUCUCUUUCUUGUUGAAGAAACCCCUCCAGAGCCUGGCACCUCCGUGGAGCCAAGCGGUUUCUACGCCGGUUGCCUUGGUUCACAAGGCAGAAACGAAGCGGCACGCCAGGUCGUGCUCUUACUGGGACAUCCAGAGGAGGCCGCCGGAGGGAAGCCUGCCUUUAGGGCCAUACUCGUCCUUAACACCACCAAGAGGCUCGACCCGCAGGCGCGAGCGAGCUGGCCAUCUCCCCGCCCUCGUUGCCCUCCAGGUGCGGCCCUGCCCAGUCUACCUCCCGCCGGGGGUCCCCUCCGAGAGUGCAGCACGCAAGCAGCCGCCGGCAGGGGUCGAAAGCGAAGGGGGCAGCGGGGGGGGGGCGAAGGGGGAAAGUCCAGGCGAGAGUUCCCUUACGUCGGUUCGCGGCGCUGGGCAAUCCUCUCAGUCACAGCUCCGCGGAGGGCUUCAGCAAAACCCUCCUGCAAGGGGACCCCUUCCGAACCGAUCCCCCCCGAAGACCCCUCCUCGCCCCAAACCAGCUCCACUGGCUCAGCUGCCACCUCACAAGGACCCCUUGAAAAGCUUCUUGCCAUCAACUGCUGCGAAAAAGAAAGGAAAAAAUGCACCCCCAGGCGAUGCUGUCCUUCCCCCCCCUAAUCUGCGCACCCCUCUGCAGGCCGCGGGAGGCCGGCCUGGCCCGCAUUGCCCCUCCCAUUCUGUCACCCCCAGGGAAAUCCCAUUCAUCAAGCGCUGGGGCUGCGUGGAGGGAAUGAGGAGCAGGGCGACUGCGGGGACUGAGAGCCCGGGGGACGGGGACCGGGGGAGAAGAGACCCGAAGUUCCUCUUUCGCAGCCAGCAGCAGGAAAAUCGGGGAGGGGGCUCUACAGAACUGCUCCCCCCUGCAGACAGCGAUGCCAAGCCCGGCACCUACCUGGGAGGAGCGUCCGCCUGGCGCCCGCGAGAGGAGAGGCAGCGGCGAGCGGAGCCAGAGCGCCGGCUGGUUGGCCGCCUUUGGCUCCGCGUUCCUCCCGGCGGCUCUUUAGCUCUGUUGGGAAAGUUGCGGCGGCCACGCGAGCGCCUUAAACCCGCCUCUCAGCAGGACGGGGCGGCCCAGGGGGCGGAGACGCCGGUGCGGACCUCCGCCUCCGUCCCGCCUCCGCCUCCGCCCUCGGGGAAGCGAAGCUCCACCGGGGCCUCUGGACGCGUGCAGAGCGCCUCUUUGCCCCUCCCGGGUAAAUCAGGCCCCGUGGGAUCCCCUGGCCGCGGCUCGUAG